GUCUGGAAGUUGUAGUUCGGUCUACUGCCCGAACUCUGCCGUCGGGCGGCUGCUCGGAGGUCCAAGGCAGUCCACCGCCUUCGGCGCUUGGCUCGGAGAAUGGAUCCGGAGCCGGGGACCAACGCAGCGCCGCUGACUGGCUUGGCCUGGUCGUCGGCCUCGGCACCCCCGCCGCGGGGAUUCAGUGCGAUCUCCUGCACCGUGGAGGGGGCGCCCGCCAGCUUCGGCAAGAGCUUCGCGCAGAAAUCUGGUUACUUUCUGUGCCAGAGUCCUUUGGGGAGCCUAGAGAAUCCUCAGGAGAAUGUGGUGGCCGAUAUCCAGGUCCUGGUGGACAAGAGCCCCCUCCCAGCGGGCUUCUUCCCGGUCUGCGACCCCCUGGACUCCAAGGCCUCUGUGUCCAAGAAGAAACGCCUGUGUGUGAAGCUGGUGCCUCUGGGGGCUGCAGACACAGUUGUGUUUGACGUGCGGCUGAGUGGAAAGACCAAGAUGGUCCCUGGAUACCUGCGAGUAGGGGACAUGGGUGGCUUUGCCAUCUGGUGCAGGAAGGCCAAGGCUCCAAGGCCAGUCCCCAAACCACGAGCUCUCAGCCGGGACAUGCGGGGCCUCUCCCUGGACCCACCUGCUGCAUCCAGCAAGGGCAGCUUGCCGGAGCGGUCGCUCUCGAGGCUGGGCUCUCGGGCAUCUACUCUGCGGAGGAGCGACUCCAUCUAUGAAGCCUCCAACCUCUACGGCCUCUCAGCCAUGGAUGGGGUUCCCUUCACGCUGCAUCCCCGAUUUGAGGGCAAGAGCUGUGGCACCCUGGCCUUCUCUGCCUUUGCGGAUCUGACCAUCAAGUCGCUGGCAGACAUUGAGGAGGAGUACAACUACGGCUUCGUGGUGGAGAAGACAGCGGCUGCACGCUUGCCUCCCAGCGUUUCAUAGCCCCUCACCUGUCGCAGGGAAGAGCCCCCUGCCUGGCACCCCUGGCCUGGCAGCUGCCCUGCCCCACCCGGUCUUGGGGCCUCAGGCCUGGAGGGCAUGCCGGACCUUUGGCCUCCCUGCCGAGCGGCAGCCCUAGCGGAGGGGCGGAAGCAGGCUGCCUGGUGAUGGGGUGCCCCACCCCUGGACUCUGCAGGACAGGGGCGGUAGCUGGAUGGAAACCAGUGCCUUCAAGUCAUUCGUGUCAGAGCUGUUUGGUGCCCGGAGGCCAUGUGGCUGUUCUCCUGGCAAUAAAUAGAAACUUGUCCCGCAGUUUGGAGUCCUGACCCUGACUUGUGGUCCUCUGGGGCACUCGGUCUCCAUUCACACGCGGAGCACAAGCAAGCAGGUGAAAUCCCGAACCGGAGGUGGAGCUGCUGCCACGUGCAUUCUGUAGAGGGGAGUCCGAGGCGCAGCCGGGACUCCGAAUCACGGAGGAGACCGGGGCUCACCGUCCGUCGCCGGGCGUGACAGUGAUGAUAGCCUCAGCUACCGUUUAUGUCAGGGUGGACAAUGUCCCCUGAACCUGAUGUGUCCCUGUAUCAGUAGCAUUACCCCAACCUAUUGGGAAGCCCCACUUUUGUUACCGUUUUACAGAUAGAAAACUGAGGUAGAAGGCAGCCAAAGUCAAAGCUGGGCUUUGAACCCAGGGCCUGCGCUCUCAGCCACCAAGCUGUACUGUGCCUCCCUUUUCCUGUACUGUGGGGUUGAUGCAUGUGGUCAAUUCUCUUUAUUCACAGUAAUCAUGUUCUAUAAAGUUGCAGCGACCCGAGUUAGGGAAUCCUGGAUUCCUUGGGAAACAUGGAGAGUUUCCUGCAAGCCUUUGGUUGCACUUUUGUUAAGUGAUCAAUACAUAACCUUGUUUUAUGUGUGUUUCA